AACACAGCGACAUUUGGCGGAAGCAGAAAUGCAGCGGACUCUUGGUCUCCUCUCCUUCGCUAACCGUUCUAAGGCUACGCCUAGCAGUGCCCAAAACCAAUACUCCAAGGACGACAAGGUGGUGAAGAAGCAUCUCCCUUUCCUUCCUCCACCUGCUUCGUCUCGCAUUCCUCUUCCACUUGUCAUCUUCUCCGGAUUCUGCUUUCUGGUUGGAAUCGCAGGACUCCUUUUUUCCGUUUUUGCCGUGAUUCGUCCUAGGUCACUCCCUGUCUUCCGCUGCGGUCGUGCCGAAGACACAUUCCGGAGCCUCCAUCGUUUCUCCACCAAUCCUAGGAAGCUUGGCGUUGGCGAUAACGAUAACGAUCCCCUCAUCGAACGCCCCAAACUCCUCGGAUUCGUUGGGGUCCAGACUGCUUUCUCUUCUGUCGAUCGCCGUGCUGCUCUUCGCUCCACUUGGUUCCCUUCCGACCGGGACGCCCUUCUUCGUUUGGAGCAGGCUACUGGAUUAGCUUUCCGGUUUGUCAUUGGACGAUCAAAAGAUGCAAAAAAGAUGGCAGUUCUUGAGAAAGAGAUCGAAAAAUACAGUGAUUUUAUGAUCAUUGAUGCUGAAGAAGAAUACUUAAAGCUGCCAUAUAAAACGUUAGCAUUUUUCAAAGCAGCAUAUGAUCUUUUUGAAGCAGAUUAUUAUGUGAAAGCUGAUGAUGACAUUUAUUUACGACCAGAUCGACUUGCAACACUUCUAGCUAAGGAGCGGACCCAUCCAAUGACUUACAUUGGCUGCAUGAAGAAAGGGCCAGUGAUUACUGACCCGAAGAUAAAAUGGUUUGAGAAGUCAGGACAUUUAAUUGGAAAUGAGUAUUUUUUGCAUGGUUAUGGUCCAAUAUACAUUCUCUCUGCAGAGAUUGUGGCAUCAUUGGCAACUGCAAGAAAUAAUAGUCUGAGAAUGUUUAGCAACGAGGACGUCUCUGUUGGAUCAUGGAUGCUAGCCAUGAAUGUCAAUCAUGAAGACAACCGAGCAAUAUGUGAUCCUCGAUGCACACCCACGUCUAUUGCUGUUUGGGAUAUUCCAAGAUGUUCAGGUUUAUGCAACCCAGCUAAUAGGAUGAAGGAGCUACACAAGAUCAGUAUGUGCUCCAAAAGUCCAACACUACCACCUGAUGACAGGUAGCAUUUGUAUGGCCUCCCACCUGACAUUAAGAGAGAAAGCCAGAUGAAUUUAUCCUCAUUUUGUUAUGGAGAACUUCUAUUCCUGGGGACGGCAAUCAGUUUCUGAAUCUACCAUCAAGAGGGUUAUAUUAUCCUUAUGCAACUUGUUAAUUGUUACAUGAGUGAUCUUCCGUGAGGCAGGUAUAUAUAUAUUUUAUUUUUUAUUUUUUAUUUUUAUUUUUUUUUUGUCUUUAUUUUUUGGUUUAACUGGAGGAAUUUGAGCUCCUAAGUUUGUAAGUUUACAACCUCAAUCAAAAUGUAACAUAUCAAUAUAAUGCAAAAUUUCAGACAUGGGUACUACCCUGGUUUUUUGA